CUGAAUUUCCAAUCCAGACUUCAACGAAAAACGGAAAUUUUGUCGCUUCGAUCGUCUCUUUAACAACAUCCAAACAGUCGUCAUGGCCAAAGACAAGAAGCCCGCGCCUACCAAGCGUAGCGCCGUUCAUGAUGUCGUCGCACGCGAAUACACGAUCCACCUGCACAAGCGAGUUCACGGUGUGAGCUUCAAGAAGCGAGCUCCUCGCGCCAUCAAGGAGAUCAAAGAAUUUGCCUACAAGCAGAUGGGCACCAAGGAUGUCCGCCUAGAUCCCCAGCUUAACAAGAAGGUGUGGGAGCAGGGCAUUAAGGGCGUUCCUUUCAGAAUCCGAGUUCGCAUCUCGAGAAAGCGUAACGACGAGGAGGGUGCUAAGGAAAAGCUGUUCAGUUUCGUCCAGGCUGUCAAUGUCAAGAAUCCCAAGGGACUGCAAACUGUGCUUGUUGAGGAGGAAGAGUCGUGAACUUCAUCAAAUGUUGCGCAUGAAGAACCCGAAGGAACUGCAAACUAUGCUAGCUGAGGGGUCAUGAACCUCAUCAACCAAGCUGAGCAUGAUGACAGAUGGAGAACUAUACCUUUGCAUCAACGGCGUCGGAGUCUUAAUCAAAUGGUCAGCUAUUAUCUAGCAUUGAGAGCAGGACAGUCACGCAAUUGUUGGAACACGAAGCAAAAUUCGAAGACGACAUGAACGUGUUUCACUAUUCAUGCCUAAUUUCUGUCGCCA